UGUGAGUAAGAUGAAUAGCAGGUAGAUUUUUGUUUUGUUUUUGAUGGUGUUGAGAGUUGAGCUGACGCGCGGUGGAUUAGGUUGAAUAGCUUUCUUAAACCAGCAGAGAGAACAGCGCAGGGAACAGGAGCACGACAGAAUAUGUCACCCAACAGUGGGUCUCAGAGCAGUGGCAGCGGGGCUGACUCGCCGGAAGAAACGUCGGAGAAUCAUCGGUCCGGGGGAGGUAGUUCACGAGGAUCAAAGAGACGGAAGGUCGACCACGCGUGUGUUUAUUGUCGACGGUCGCAUAUGACGUGUGACUCCCAGAGGCCGUGCUCGAGGUGCGUGAAGCGAAAUAUCGGGCAUCUGUGCCGCGAUGAAUCAAAGGAAGGAUCGCCGGGGGCCCAGCAGCAGCCAAUUAAGGAAGAAAAAGGUGGAGAGGGGAAAGCAGGAGGACAGCAAAAUAUCGGGGCCCCGUUGUCGAUUGACGAGAGUACGCACGCGUCGCCGGAGGAAUGGGCAUCGAUCCUGGGCGGGUCGACGAAUCUGUUGACGAACCUGACGCCGUACCAGCAGCCGCUGUUUUAUAGUGAAGGGGCGGGGAGUGAGUUUUCGUCGCUGAAUGAUUUUCUGACGAUGAUUGAGGAUAUUCCGCCGGCGGUGAGCAAUAAGAAUGGCGAGAAGAGCAGGGGGUUGAUGGAGGCGCCGACGCCGACUGUGUCUGAGAAUGUGGUGUUUCGGAGUAGUUUACCAGAGAUUGGGGCGGAGCAAGAGGAAGUUGAGGAGCCAGAGCAUCAGCAGGAGCAGCAUAAUCCGCUUUCGGCACGGGCGAAUGGGAAUUUGACGCUGACGACGGCGACGACGCCGAUUCAUAUGCCAGAGACGGCGAAGGACAAGUUCUUUUUGACGGCUGCGGAUCCGGCGGAUGGGCCGGGACGGACGCCGGAGGAGCGGUUGAAGCAGGUUAUUAAUGCAAAGCUGGAGGCGGGAUUGCUGGCGCCGUACAACUACGUGAAGGGGUAUGCGCGGCUACAGCGGUAUAUGGACCGGCAUAUGGCGCCGGGGUCGAGGCAGCGGAUUCUGAAGCCGCUGUCGAUAUUCCGGCCCGCGUUUCGGGCGAUUGCGCAGACGCUGAUUGAUGUUGAUUUGGUGCUGGUGGAGGAGGCGUUUGAGCGGAUGCUGCUGGACUACGACCGGGUGUUUACGUCGAUGGCGAUUCCGGCGUGUCUGUGGCGACGGACGGGGGAGAUAUAUCGGGGGAACAAGGAGUUUGCGGCGCUGGUUGAGGUUCCGGUGGAGGAGUUGCGGGACGGGAAGAUUGCGAUAUACGAGGUGCUGAGUGAGGACUCAGUGGUGAAUUACUGGGAAAAGUACGGGAAUAUUGCGUUUGACUCUGGGCAGAAGGCGGUGUUGACGAGCUGUACGUUGAAGUCGAGGGAUGGGCAGACGCAGCGGCAGUGCUGUUUUAGUUUUACGAUACGGAGGGACCGAUACAACAUUCCGAGUUGUAUAAUAGGGAAUUUUAUCCCUAUCCACAACUGAGUGAACUGAAGUGAACUGAAAGUGACGAGGGUCUACGCGUGUGGUUAUUGUUUACUAUGUUUGCUAAAUAGACUAUUCUAAUCAAGGGUGCAGACAAAUACGGUUUCGGGGCAGACUCUAAUUCCGAGAAGGGGAAGAGGGUUACGCGGCCCGGGAGAGUCUACGUCAGAAGACGCGUCGGCGAGGGAUGAGGAAGAGGAGGAUGACGAGUGACGAGUUCAGGGAGAGCACCGAUGUUUCUUGUUAGACUGUAUCUCGAACAGGACAAACACUGACGACGAUGACGAGUAACCUCUGUUCUUCCUCUUCCUCUCUUCUCGGACUGGCCGGGCUCCGGUUCGGGGCGGUGAUGAUUAGGGUUUGUUCAGGUGCAAACAGGCGGAAAUGAGGAUUGCUCGAGCCCGAAGGAGAUAGCGACGGGAGAUUGCGGUGGAUCAGAAUGAUGAUAGUUGACGAUAGUGGCAGAUAUGUGGAU